AUGUCUACUACUACUGCUACUGCUACUACUACAAUUAAUAGAUUUCCAAAAGAUUCACUCCCAAUUGAAUCUAAAGAAAUUGUUAAUAACAAAAUGAUUAAUAAAUCUAACAAUAAUCUUAAAAGUGAAGAAGGUUUUGCAUCACCUUUUCAAAUCCAUUCAAGUGUUUUGGAUUCCGUCUUUAGUUCAAAUUUAGAUGGAAAAGAUGUAAUGAUUGAUCAUACUCCUAUGUUUGAUGAAUUAGAUUUUAUUGUUGAUGGUGCUAAAGUUAAUUCUAAAGAUGAUUGGGUUGCAUUAUUUGAUGAGGAUGUUUUCAAUUCAGUAGGUGAAAAUUGUGAAGAAACUACUGAUAUUGUUAAUGAAUUUGAUGAACCAAUUUUAUCUUUAGAUUCAAGUGACCAAAUUAUCAACAAUACCACUAACCAAGAAGGUUAUUUUAAUGAUGAUGAAUCAUUAAUACCAAGAGAUGAAGUUUUAGACGCUUUAUUAAUUGAACCAUCACCAAAUGGUUUAUCUGAUGAAACUAUUUCAGCUGCUACUACAUCUGCUUCAAGUCCAGAAUUGGAAUUGGCAAGUACAAUUGCUACUAGUGUCACCACUAAAAGAUCAUUUGAAGAUGAUGAAAUUGAUUAUCCAAAAUCAAAACGUCAUCAACAACAACAACAAUUAUUUACUCCAAACCCUUCAUCAACUUUACCAACUCCUCAAUUAGAUAUGAAAAAACCAACUAGUAAAAAAACAAAAGUUGAUCAUUUAGGUUGUGUUACAUAUUCAAAAAAACAAAGAUCACAAUCUUUACAACCAAUUGUAUUUGAUGAAAUUGAAGAUAGUGCUGCUUUGAAAAGAGCUAAAAAUACUGAAGCUGCAAGAAGAUCAAGAGCUCGUAAAAUGGAAAGAAUGACACAAUUGGAAACUAAAGUAGAAUCAUUAAUUUAUGAAAAUGAUCGUUUGAAAAUGUUAUUGGAAGCUAAUGGUAUUUCAUAUUAA